AUGCUCCUUAGCUGGCUGGCCAUUCUUCUGAGCCUGCUUAGCGGAGCCUGGGUGCCCACAGGCUCAGGCCUGGCACUUGUACCCCAGGGUCCCCCACCUCAGCCCUGGGCUACUGCCAACAGGACCCAGGCUCUGACCCGAGGGGCCCCGGGCCCCCAGGUGCCAGCCUCUGCGCUUGGCAGCUGGAAUGCCUUCUUGGGCCUGCAGAAAACCAGGUGGCUGGAGACUAUGCAAAGUGGACGGGAGGUGGCCACUGCCACCACUGUGUUUCUGCCACUGGACCCGCAGGAAUUGGCCCGGGAGACAUGCAAAGCCAUGCCCUUCACUCAGGUGCUCUCCCGUCCCGGCUGCACAGCCACCCGCCUCCGCAACCACCUCUGCUUUGGCCACUGCUCCUCCUUCUAUGUUCCUAGUUCGGAUGCCUCCCCGAUCAUCCUCUGCAGCAGCUGUGUACCCACUCGCAAGCGCUGGACACCUGUGGUCCUGUGGUGUCGGGCGGGCAGCCCAGCCUCCCGUCGGCAGGUGAAGACGUCUACCAUGCUGGUUGAGGGGUGUCAGUGUGGCCCGAAGCCGUGAGCUGAGCACCAUGGAUGGACACACAGACAUGGACACUGGGAAGGGAAAUGGGCAGAGAAAAUCCCUGACUUGGCUGGUGUACCCUGGAUCAAGAGGCCAGGGACACAGGGCAAGCAGGCAGGUUCAAGCCCUUCCCUGCUUCCAGGGACUCUGGACGCAGGCUCAGCCAUGGGGUGGAACACUAAUAGCGUUAAAUCAAAACCUGUUGCUGUUAAGUCAAUUCUGAAUCACAACGACCCUCCAGGACAAAGUAGAACUGCUCCAUAGUGUUUACAAGAUUACAAGGCUCUAAUCUUUACCGAGGAGCCCUAUUGGCACGGUGGUUAAGAGCUCAGCUGCUAACCAAAAUGAGGGCAGUUCGA